CAAUUUAAAGAGGAUUACAAUCACUCUUACACAGGAGAUUUUUCGGCUCUUCGCCUGGUGUGGUCUGAAAUCAGCGUGGCUGUCCAGCGAUUCACGGGACGAACAGCUACAUUGCUAAUCUUAGGAGUAUCGAGUAUUCCAGUUCUCGAAUCUCGCUUUAUCGGUUUAUCGGUUUAAAACAUGUUCUCAAGAACUCAAGCGACCACUCUCAGAGCUACUCGGAUUCCCAGGAUAAUAGGGCACUGUGGCCGCCGUUACUUGGCCCAAGUGACGGAUAUCGGGAACAUUCCUACUGCGAGUGAUAAACCAUUCCGAGUCCCACUCGACGACGACGCGUUCGAAACCUACAAUUUCGAUCCGCCUCCAUACUACUUAGAGACGACGAAGGAUCACCUAAAGCAGUUAUACCAUGACAUGUUGACGAUAAGACGUCUCGAAGUGACCGCAGAUUCUCUAUAUAAACAGAAGAAAAUCCGCGGCUUCUGCCACCUGUCAACCGGUCAAGAAGCUGUCUCUGUUGGUAUCGAGCACGGAAUCACAAGGGAUGAUUUACUCAUAACUGCAUAUCGAUCGCAUGGCAAUACCUACAUGCGUGGAGCAUCUAUACAAUCGAUCCUAGGCGAGCUUCUGGGUCGCCAGGAUGGUAUCUCCCACGGAAAGGGAGGAUCGAUGCAUAUGUUCCGCGAGGGGUUCUUUGGAGGAAACGGCAUCGUCGGCGCCUCUGUACCAGUCGGGACAGGUAUUGCUAUGGCGCAGAAAUAUCAAGAGAGCCCAAACAUCACGGUCAAUUUAUAUGGCGAUGGUGCAGCGAAUCAGGGUCAGGUCCAUGAAGCCUUUAAUAUGGCGAAAUUAUGGGAUUUGCCGGUUUUGUAUGGUUGUGAAAACAACCACUACGGCAUGGGAACAUCCGUUGAGCGUGCUUCUGCUUCGACUGAUUACUACAAACGCGGCCAAUACAUCCCUGGUCUUCGCGUAUACGGGAUGGAUGUCCUCGCCGUGCAAGCAGCGGUACAACACGCUCGCGACUAUAUCAGAUCCGGGAAUGGUCCUCUGGUAUACGAAUUUCAAACAUACCGUUUCGCAGGGCACUCGAUGUCUGAUCCCGGAAUCGGGUACCGUACUCGAGAGGAACUAAAAUCGAAACGGGAAUCUGAUCCCAUCCCAAUGUUGAAAGAAAAACUCCUCGACUGGAAAACGCACACAGAUGAGGAACUAGACGAAUUAGAGAAACAGGUCAGAGACAAGAUCAAACAGGCCGUGACGGAAGUGGAGAAUAUGCCAGAACCGCAGCCCACAGGGGAUACUCUUUUCCAGGAUAUUUACGUUCGAGGGAGCGAGCCUCUUUAUAUGAGAGGAAGAACUACUUACGAGACAUACUAUUAUUAAAUUAAAUCAGUGCACUGGGUGCGCGUGUCCGUUCGGGUCUGGACUGAGAAUCGACUGUCACAUGUUAUAAUCGAAAUUGAAAACUCCAUAAUCAGCACCGUAAACAAUAUGCCAAAUUUUGCCAGUAUCGGCCCCUACAUUCUCAUAAAUCCUUGCUCAGCUUUGUCUUUGUACCAUCCCUACUCUACCUCAGAGUUCCCGAUCUUAUAUCCAAUCACACUUCCAUC